CCGAGCGGAUUGCUCCGAAUGUCACAUAAAUGGAAAACCACUUCAGUUAUAUUCGAUAAUAGUCGGGGAAAAAAAAAGGAAAAUAUUUUAUUUGUUCAUCGUAAGAACAUCUCAUUAGUUUGUCGAUGAAUUAAACGAUAAAUUCAAUAUUUGGUGUUUCGUUAAAAGGUGAUUGUCGGUAAAAAAAAUAACGUUUUUAUAGAAACAGGAUGGCGACUUGACCCCUCAAAGAAUGAAACACUCUUCUCGAAGAAUUGGGAUUUGAGAUCUGCUAAGAAAACAGUCUCAGAUACACAGGGGGAAAAAAAAGCAAUAAGAUGGCGGACGUGGAUCCGGAAACGUUACUGGAAUGGUUGAGUAUGGGGCAAGGUGAUGAAAGGGACAUGCAGCUGAUUGCACUGGAACAACUGUGUAUGCUUCUCUUGAUGUCGGAUAAUGUCGAUCGCUGCUUUGAAAGUUGCCCACCAAGGACUUUUUUGCCCGCGCUUUGUCGAAUAUUUCUGGACGAGCAUGCACCUGAUAGUGUUCUUGAAGUCACUGCUCGUGCAAUUACAUAUUAUCUCGAUGUCUCUGCCGAGUGCACAAGGCGAGUAGUUGCUAUGGAGGGUGCCAUCAAGGCCAUUUGUAGUCGUCUUUCAGGCGCAGCACUUGGUUCACGCGCCAGUCGAGAUCUUGCUGAACAAUGUAUAAAAGUAUUGGAAUUGGUGUGCGCGCGAGAGGCAGGUGCAGUUUUCGAGGCCGGCGGUCUUCCAUGUGCAUUAUGUUUUAUUCGUGAAAAUGGAGCGCGAGUUCAUCGUGACACGCUUCACUCGGCAAUGGCCGUUGUUUCGCGUCUUUGCGGAAAAGUUGAACCACAAGAUAAAACAUUACCCGAUUGCGUUGAGGCAUUGUCAACUUUAUUGCGACAUGAGGAUGCACACGUUGCCGAUGGUGCUCUUCGUUGUUUUGCAUCAUUAGCCGAUCGUUUUUCACGACGUGGAACAGAUCCUGCUCCACUUGCGUCAAAUGGAUUGGUUUCUGAAUUAUUAUACAGGUUGUCAAAUGCAGCUGGACCAAAUACAUCGGUGGCGACAGCGUCGGGAAAUCCAAAAACACCACCGCCAAAUACAACAACAACGAUACCGGCAACAGAGCCAAAAUCAUGCGCCUCUGUAUCGACAAUUAUUAGUUUAUUGUCGACACUUUGCCGUGGUUCACCGUCAAUAACACACGAUUUAUUAAGAUCGGAAUUACCCGACGCAAUUGAAAAGGCCCUUAAAGGCGAUGAAAGAUGUGCUCUUGAUUCAAUGCGUCUUGUUGAUUUACUGCUUGUUCUUUUAUUUGAAGGACGUUCGGCAUUGGGUCGCAAUAAUACUGGCGGUCCAUCGGGUCCAUUAUUACCUCGUUUACGUCAUUUGGAUAGUGCCGGUGAAAAAACACAUCGGCAAUUAAUUGAUUGUAUACGCUCAAAGGAUACCGAUGCAUUAAUUGAAGCAAUUGAUACCGGUGGUAUUGAAGUAAAUUUUAUGGAUGACGUUGGACAAACAUUAUUAAAUUGGGCAUCGGCUUUUGGUACACAGGAAAUGGUUGAAUUUCUCUGUGAUCGUGGCGCUGAUGUUAAUAAAGGACAACGUUCAUCGAGUUUACAUUAUGCCGCUUGUUUUGGUAGGCCGGCAAUUGCAAAAGUUUUAUUGCGACAUGGCGCAAAUCCUGAUUUACGCGAUGAAGAUGGAAAAACACCAUUGGAUAAAGCACGCGAAAGAAUUGAUGAGGGACAUCGUGAAGUUGCGGCAAUAUUACAAUCGCCUGGUGAAUGGAUGUUACCACCAAAUCAAGAUAGUCGAAAAACAGAAACUGAACAUGAAGAAUAUAUGGAGCCAAAAGGUGAUCCUGAAAUGGCGCCAGUUUAUUUAAAGCGAUUAUUACCGGUUUUUUGCACAACAUUCCAAUCGACAAUGUUGCCAAGUGUUAGAAAGGCUAGUUUGAGUUUAAUACGAAAAAUGGUACACUAUAUACAGCCGGAAUUACUUGUGGAAACAUGUGGCUCGGAUAAAACAGGAGGAUGUGGAGCAAUGCUCGUUGAAGUUAUUGCCAAUGUUUUGGACAACGAGGAAGACGAAGACGGUCAUCUGGUGAUACUUCAAAUGAUUCAAGAUUUGAUGAUUAAAGGGAAAGAUGAAUUUUUAGAACAUUUUGCACGUCUCGGUGUAUUUUCGAAAGUAGCAUCAUUGGCUGGACCACAAGAGACAAUUCCCGAACCUGAAACAGAACCAAAUCAAAAUGGUGAUGAGCAACGUUUGGAAGAUGCUCGUGAAUUAUUAAUUGGAAAGGCUUAUCAUUGGCGUGAUUGGUUUAUCUGUCGUGGUCGUGAUUGUCUUUAUGUUUGGUCUGAUGCCGCGGCUUUGGAAUUGUCAAAUGGAAGUAAUGGAUGGUUUCGUUUUAUUCUCGAUGGAAAAUUGGCAACAAUGUAUUCAAGUGGAAGUCCCGAAGGUGGAACCGACACAACGGGAAAGGGGAGGAACACUGAGUCGCUCGGUACCGAAGAAAAUCGUGGUGAAUUUUUGGAAAAACUUCAAAGAGCACGCAGUCAAGUGAAACCAAAUUCAGUGAGUCAGCCAAUUUUAUCGCGACCUGGUGCUACAAGACUUGUCGUUGGUAAUUGGGCAUUGUCAAGUAAAAAAGAGAGUGAAUUGUCAAUUCACAAUAGCGAUGGACAACAACAAGCGACAAUACUCAGGGAGGAUUUACCUGGAUUUAUUUUCGAAUCUAAUCGAGGAACAAAACACUCAUUCACUGCUGAAACAAGUUUAGGACCUGAAUUUGCGGCCGGUUGGGCGGGAAAACGUGGCAAACGAUUAAGAUCAAAAAUCGAGGCACUUAAACAAAAAGUGAAAAAUCAAGCACAAGAGAUAUAUGAACGUUAUUUUAAGGCAGCACAAGCUGAACCACGUGGUGUUGUUGCAAAAUUAGGGGCAAUUGUCAGUCAAAUUGAAAAGGCAUGUCACAAGCAACAAUCGGGUAAUCGUGAAUGGCGAAGUGUAUUACAAAGUGCUCUUGAGGAAUUGAAAAUAUUAUUAAACGAAGAGGGUAAAGUAUCGGCCUAUGAAUUACAUUCAAGUGGUCUUGUUCAAGCGUUACUUGGUCUAUUGGCAGCGCCAACAACAACAAUAAUACAAUCGCCAUCGGUGCGUGCAACGAAACUUCGUCUUCAAAGAAUAGCGGUAUUUAAAAAUUCCUUUCAAACAAAAGACACACAACAACAUAAUUCAGCAAAGACACUUGUACAAAAAUUAAUUUCAGUUUUAGAAUCAAUUGAAAAAUUACCAGUUUAUCUUUAUGAUACACCGGGUUCUGGUUAUGGUUUACAAAUAUUAACACGUCGUUUAAGAUUUCGUUUAGAGAAGGCAAAUGGUGAAAGUGCAUUAAUUGAUCGUUCGGGAAGAAGUUUAAAAAUGGAACCAUUGAGUACAGUUCAACAAUUGGAAAAUCAUUUAUUGAAAAUGGUGGCAAAACAAUGGCACGAUCAUGAUAGGGGUACAUUUACAUUUGUUAAAAAAUUAAAAGACGGUAAUCGAUUGACAUUUAAAUAUCAACAUGAUUUCGAUGAGAAUGGUGUAUUAUAUUGGAUUGGUACAAAUUCAAAAUCAUCCACCGAAUGGGUUAAUCCAGGACAAUAUGGCCUUGUUGUUGUAACAUCGAGUGAUGGAAGAAAUUUACCAUAUGGACAUCUUGAGGAUAUAUUGAGUCGUGAUCCAGCGGCAUUGAAUUGUCACACAAAUGAUGAUAAAAGAUCAUGGUUUUCAAUUGAUCUUGGCGUAUGGAUUAUUCCAAAUUCUUAUACAUUGAGACACGCAAGAGGUUAUGGGCGUAGUGCAUUAAGAAAUUGGUUAUUUCAAGCUUCAAAGGAUGGUAUUAAUUGGACAACAUUGUAUGCUCACGUUGAUGAUUGUUCAUUAAAUGAACCGGGUAGUACGGCAACGUGGACAUUGGAUCCGCCUAGUGAUGAAACGCAAGGUUGGCGACAUUUACGUUUACAACAAACGGGAAAAAAUGCCUCGGGACAAACGCAUUAUUUGUCCGUUUCUGGCUUUGAAGUUUAUGGUGAUGUCACUGGUGUUUGUGAGGAUUUAGGUAGAGCGGCGAGGGAGGCUGAAGCUGGCGUACGAAGGCAGAGACGAUUAAUUAGAACACAAGUUUUAAGACAUUUAGUGGCUGGUGCGCGCGUUGCGAGGGGACUUGAUUGGAAAUGGAGGGAUCAAGAUGGAGUACCACCUGGCGAAGGGACAGUGACCGGAGAACUUCAUAAUGGAUGGAUAGACGUCACAUGGGACUAUGGGGGUUCAAAUUCGUAUCGAAUGGGCGCUGAGGGUAAAUACGAUCUUCGACUCUUUGGCACUGGAAUGGACUCCGAGAGCAGUAUAAAGGGUAAGAUUAGUGGCGAUUUAACUGGCCGAAAAUCGAGCAGUACUCCAAGUCUACCUGAUUGCACCGACACUGUUCGAUGUUCUGUAGCUUCCACCGAUCAAGCCGCGAGUACCGACAACUUAGCAGCCAAGCAAGCAGCGGAGUCAAUUGCUGAGAGUGUGUUGUCAGUUGCUCGAGCGGAAGCAGUUGUCGCUGUGACUGGUGAAGGAGGGGCAAAUUCAACGGGUGAACUAUCAGUUGUUCUUCAUCCACGACCUGAUACAACGGUUACCAGUGAUUUGGCAACAAUUGUCGAAAGUCUAACUCUCAAUACCGAGUGCUCAACAAAUAGUAACAGUAAUCGAACAUCGAAUAGUUCAAAACCACUUUUUCCACCUGUUAGAGGCAACAAGCCUGCAAGUAGUUUACUGAGUUUGGAAGCAGCGGAAGUCCUGGAUCGAAUGAGAGAAGGCGCAGAUAGAAUGAAAAAUAAUACAAAUAGUUUCUUGAGUGGCGAAUUAGUUGGUUUGGUUCCUGUUAGAAUAAGUGUUGCCGCUGAAACUGAGGAAAAUUCCUUAAGGAUAAGACCAAUUCCAAGACAUCCACCCCAUAUGUUGGACGUAGGAAGUAAAGAAUGCAGCCGUGAUAAGGAGGCUAGUUCUUCCUCGCAAAAUCCUGCUGGAGGAUGUUCAGUUGUUACCAAUCCAAUGUCCGUUUCUGUGCCGAAUCUCGCUUGUUCUGAUGUUAACAAUACUUUGGAACCAGCAGCCGCUACUGGCUUGCUGGAAACUUUUGCAGCAAUGGCGAGAAGACGGACGUUAGGUCCAGCGAGUGGUCAACACAUUGCUCCAAAUUCAAAUUCUAGUUCAAAUCCAAGGGGACCUAAUUCCGUCUCUAGUUUGGUUAGAUUAGCACUUAGUUCAAAUUUUCCUGGUGGGCUGUUGAGUACAGCUCAAAGUUAUCCAAGUCUCACGAGUAGUGGUCAAGUUGCUGGAAGUGGUGUUACCACAACAACGGGACCAGGAUUGGGACAAGCUUUUACAAUGUCUCUCACCAGUACAAGUAGUGAUAGUGAACAGUUGUGGCUACAGGUUAGUCUUGAGGAUUUUUUGGAAUCUUGCGGCGGUGUUGCGGGUUCAAGUGUGAGUGGUGGUCGUACAACUGGUGGACCGACACUUCUCACUGAAUUGGAAGACGAUGAGGAUCCCAUUCUUCCAGAGGAGGACGAUGACAACGAGGAUAACGAUCAGGAAGUAUACUUUUUGCAGGACGAUGAUGAGGAAAAUGAAGAGGAGGGCGAUGGUGGCGAAGGUGAAUACGAAGAAAUGAUGGUUAAUCGAAAUUUAUUGGCAGCAUUUUUAGAAGAAGAAACACCACAAAGUACAAAACGACGAGCAUGGGAUGAUGAAUUUGUAUUGAAACGACAAUUUUCUGCACUUAUUCCGGCCUUUGAUCCUCGGCCAGGUCGAACAAAUAUUAAUCAGACAACUGAUUUGGAUGUACCGCAACCGGGUAGUGAGACACAAUCGAGUGUUCGUGUUGGUACAACGCAAAUGCCAAAAUUGUCCCUCACAUUAAAAGGUCCUGGACUUCCGGGUAUUGCGGAUGUUGAAUUACCUCUUUUGGAGCCAAAGGCCAGUAUUUUUCAAUCUGUCCAAGAAUUAAUGCAACUCACGGAACUUGGUAGUAGGCAAGAAAAAUUACGAAGAAUAUGGGAACCUACUUAUACAAUAAUUUACAAAGAAGCGAAAGAUGAUGAAUCAUCGGGACGAGCAACGCCAAUAGUGACACUUUAUUCACGUAAUGCAAAUAAUCAAACAACAAAUCCGUGUACAGUGGAAGAUGUAUUACAACUUUUGCGUCACGUUUAUGUAUUGAGUACAACCAAAGAUGAUAAUAAUAAAAAAGAGGAGAAUUGUGUCACGGCUGAUGAUUAUGAAUGUCUUGUUAAUCCAGAUGAAUUUACAUCGAAGAAAAUAACAAAUAAAAUAGUACAACAAAUUCAAGAUCCAUUGGCAUUGGCGGCGGGUGCAUUGCCAACAUGGUGCGAGGAACUUGCUAGAAGUUGUCCAUUUUUAUUGCCAUUUGAAACGAGGCGACUUUAUUUUAGUUGUACGGCAUUUGGUGCAUCGAGAUCAAUUGUUUGGUUACAAACGCAAAGGGAUGCGGUACUUGAGAGACAAAGGGCGCCCGGUCUUAGUCCAAGGCGUGACGAUAGUCAUGAAUUUCGUGUGGGGAGAUUAAAACACGAGAGAGUCAGUGUGCCGAGGGGUGAUAAAUUACUCGAUUGGGCAGAGCAGGUUCUCAAGGUUCACGCGAGUCGAAAGAGUAUUUUAGAGGUGGAAUUUGUCGGCGAGGAGGGUACGGGCCUUGGGCCAACUUUGGAAUUUUUUGCUCUUGUUGCCGCGGAAUUACAGCGAAAAGAUUUGGGUCUAUGGCUAUGCGAUGAUGAGGAGCCAUGCGUACAAGAUAAUCUCUGUCCGUCCAGUGAACAAAUACGACCGCAUGGUUAUUAUGUGACACGUUCAAGUGGUUUAUUUCCAGCGCCAUUGCCACAAGAUUCAUCAGAAUGUCAACGUGCAACGCGUUACUUUUGGUUUCUUGGUGUAUUUUUAGCGAAGGUCCUUCAGGAUAAUCGUCUCGUUGAUUUACCAUUGUCGAGGCCAUUUUUAAAAUUAAUGUGCCGCGGUGAUAUCACUAAUAAUGUUAAUGAAAAAAUUGGUCUCACUGGCGUUACACAAGAGAGUAUGUCAUCGAGUAUGGCGAGUAGUUUUAUAUCCGAGGAAGGCGAACAAGAACAGGCGCAAUGCUCAAGUUUAGAGCCAAUCCCAUGGUAUAGUGGUAUUCUUGAUAUUGAAGAUCUUGCUCAUGUUGAUCCUGUGCGUGGUGAAUUUUUAAAGGAAAUACAAAAUUUAACAUCAAAACGUGAACGGGCAAUAUCAGAGGGACAAUCGUCAUCGGCUGAUGAAAGUUAUGAUUCAUUUAGAAUUACACAUUCAUCGGGUACAUCGGUUGCUAUUGAAGAUCUUGCAUUAACAAUGACAUAUGCGCCAAGUUCAAAAAUAUUUGAACACGACGUUAUGGAAUUAAAGGAUAAUGGUGCCGAUGUGACAAUAACAAUUGAUAAUGCCAAGGAAUAUAUGGAAUUAACAGUGAAAUAUUGUCUCGAUCGUGGUAUUAAUAAACAAAUGGAGGCAUUUCGUGCCGGUUUCUCUAAAGUCUUCCCAAUGGAAAAAUUACAUGCAUUCAGUCCAGAGGAAAUUAGAGCAAUGCUUUGCGGUGAACAAAAUCCUCAAUGGACACGCGAGGAUCUUCUCAAUUAUACUGAGCCAAAAUUGGGUUACACGAGGGAAAGUCCUGGUUUUCAGAGAUUUGUCAAUGUUUUAUUAUCUCUGACGGGUGCAGAGAGAAAGGCCUUUCUGCAAUUUGCAACCGGAUGCUCGGCACUGCCUCCUGGUGGUUUAUGUAAUUUACAUCCUAGACUGACAGUUGUAAGGAAAGUCGACGCAGGAUCGGGCGGCUAUCCAUCCGUAAAUACGUGCGUGCAUUAUUUAAAAUUACCGGAAUAUCCAACUGAAGAAAUUUUAAAAGAGAGACUUCUCGCCGCCACGCGAGAAAGAGGUUUUCACUUAAAUUAAACAAAAAGAAAUUAAACUUUUAGUCAUCGAAUAGAGACACUAAAAAAAAAAAUUUACAAAAAAAAGAAUUUUUUUUCUUUUUGGGAGCGUGACGAAAAUGAAACAAGUUUCCGAUAGUUCCUAAUAUAGUUAAUUUUUUUUCACGAAUCAGAACUAUUGAAACAUGAAUUCUCUUCAGUUGCGAAAUUUUUUUUUUUUUUUUUUUUUGUUCGAAAUUAUAUCAUUUUUGCAAAAAAAAAAAAAAAAAAAAGAAGAAACUUUCUACAUUUAAGUAGAUACAGUACUGAAUGAGAGAGAGAGAAAAAAAAAUCUUUGUAAUCAUUGUUAUUCAAAGAUAAUGUGAUAAACUACAUGUGACAAAACAAAAUAAUACGAUACGUCUAAUUAGACAUCGUGAGGGGAUAAUUUUCUCGAAACGGGUUUUGAAUUUCAAAUUUUUAUUCUCUUCUAUAUAGAUUUAUAGUUUUAGGUUUAGUGUCAACGAAUUAAUUAUUGUUUCAUUGUACUAUAUAGGACUAUUAUUAUUUCGUUUACUUUUACUUUAUUUUUCUUUUUGUGCUUUUUCUUUUGUUUCACCAGGAAAAAAAAACAAAUUUUUCUUCUUGUAGUUAGUAUAAUUUACUCAGUACUUACCUUAUUAGGGUUCCUUUUUUUUUGUUUUCUCUGUGAAUUUUAUGUUUUUUUUUUUUUGCCGGAAAAAAAUAAGAGCUCGAUAUAAAAAUUCUUUCUUCAUUUUAAUGAAUGAUUAAAAACAUUAAAUUGACUGUAAUUUUUUAGUGAAUCUUUCCUCUCGAAUAUAAUAAUAAUAAUAAUAAUAGAAAAAUGAAAUAUUUCUUAUAAAAAUAAAUAUUACAAAUAAAAAAAAACAUCAAUAUCAACAAAUAUCAAGUUGAUAUUGUUACAAUAUUUGUCUCUUUAAGGGAAUUCUAGAAAAUUGUAUUUUAUUUAAAAUUUCAAAAUAUUUGGCUUUCAAUGCCAAUAUUAAUAAUAAUAAAAAAAAAAUUAGAAUAAUUUUUUUUUCUGAAUAAGAUUCAUGUUUCCUUAGUCUUUUUAAAAAAGCAUCAAAAUAAUUAUUAUUAAAAACCAAAUGAUUAAUUGUGAUUUGAUCGUUUUCGGCAACAUUAGACGAAUUAAGCACUUUGUUUGUACGGUAACAUACUUAAUGCUCACACGGUAUCUACGAUUAUAGGCUGACAAAAAAAAAAAAAAAAAAAAAAAAGAAAAAAACAAAAGAAAACAAAAUACAAUCGUAUACCUGUAAUUGCAUAUAGAGGAAAGUUUUAAAGAUAUACAUAAUAUAAAUGUGAGAAAAUAUUAAUAACGAUGUCGAAAUGGAAAAAAAAAGAUAGUUACUAUUACUGUAAAAUAAAUUAUUAUUGAUUCUUGGGAGAAGAAUAAAUGAUAAAAAUACGUUACACAA